AUGACAGUUCAAGAGUUAAAAGAUGAGAUAGAUGCAAUAGAAUCAAUAUAUCCGGGUUCAGUAGAACUAAAAGUCCCACAAGUUUACACCUUUAAAAUUCCAAAUCAUGAAUCAAUUAGCUUUCAACUAAAUUUUCCACAAUCAUAUCCUGACGAGAAACCACAAUUUCUACAACUUGCUAGUUUGAAUGAAUCAAAGUUCACGGAUGCAUCAUACUUAGAGAAAGUGAUACGGUCAUGUCUAAAAAAUACAUUUGUUGCUGGUCAAGUUGUUUUGUUCGAGUUACUUAAUAAUCUUCAAAAAACUUUUGAUCAAUAUGAAGAAGAACAUGCUAAAAUAGCCAAACAAAACGAGACACUGCGGAAGGAAGAAGAUGAAUAUACUGCCGAGCAACCAAGAAGAGCAAUAUCACCACCAACGCAAGAGGUGAAAGAUUAUACAACUGGUUGGAUACAAUCUCAACCAAUUGUAGAUCGACAGUCUACAUUUAUUGCAUUUGCCAGAACAGCUAACAAUUUAAAAGAAGCAACAUCUUACUUAGAGACUCUUUUAUUAGAUAAGAAAAUCUUCAGAGCAACUCACAAUAUUUCAAGUUGGAGAAUCAAAACUGAAAAUGAUAUCGUUUACCAGGAUUGUGAUGAUGAUGGUGAAACAGCUGCUGGAGGAAGAUUACUACAUUUACUACAAAUGAUCGACGUAUGGAAUGUGAUUGUGGUUGUUAGUCGAUGGUACGGUGGAAUCCAUCUAGGCUCCGAUAGAUUUAAACAUAUUAAUGCUAGUGCUAGGGAUGCAAUAAUGAAUGGUGGGUUCUUAGACAAUGCAAAAUUUAAUAAAACCAGUAAAAAGAAAGGUAAAUAG